AUGGCUUUCGAUGUGCGUGACAAAAUAAUUAUAACUGUUAUAUUUAGUAUUAUUGGUUUAAUUAGUAUUGUAUUAAUAAUUUGUUUUCUAUGUUGGUUUAUCUUACGUCAUUACCGAUCGAAAGCGGAACGUAUGCGUUCAGAAGAAGAGAAUAAUUCACCUCCCAUAUCGCCAUAUUAUCGACCACAAUAUCAACGUUCACAAAAAUUUUCUUCAACAACCAAAAUUCAUCACAAUAGCAACAACACUAAUAAUAUCAGUAAGAUUAGUAAUGAUAAAAGACGAAAGAAACGAAGAUUUAAUACAAAUGAUUCAGCUCUGACAUUAUCAUUUGAUCCGCCACAUUUAAUUAAUCAAAAUGUAAAAAAUUUAGAACAACUACUUAGCAAUGAUUCCACGUUAACCGCUAGUUCGUGGCAAUUUGAAGAAACACUGCCAAGAAGAUAUUGUCAAUGUAAAAAUCUAUCAAAUGAACCUGUAUAUGCUUCGUCAUCUACUGUAUUAACCGCCGUUUCGAAUUUAGCAGUUACACCUACACAUUCAAAUCAUACAGAAUAUCGAUUUCUCACUGAACUUGAUCAUGUAUUACGUUUGAAACAAGAAGAACGCGUGAAACAUUCAUUAAAACAUACUCAGAGUUGUCGUCAAACAACCGAUUUAUUACCAUUUGAUUAUUACCGUUCAAUAUCGCCUCCGUCAACAAUAACAGGAACGGAUUCAAGUAAUAAUAAUUCACUUGAACCUAUUUAUAAUCGUACAAAUAAAUGUUCGAAUUUAACAUUAGUGCGUAAAGCGCGAUUAGCACAAUUGCGAGAUGAUACGGCUAUUUUAUAUUGA